GUUAGACACUGCGUCAUUGAGAGAGGAAGUAAGACCUGCUGUUCUCCUGCUGCCAGUAACAGACUUGAACAACAGUCGGAAAGGGUACAAGUGUACAACUGUUUUAAUUGAGGAUUAUUCUUUGGAGCAUACUUACGGAAUAAAUUAAGGAACUGAGCGACGCAGUGGAAGAUGUCUUGCCUGAAGUGCCUAAAGUACACCAUGUGUCUGGUGAACUUCAUCUUUUUUAUCUGUGGAGCUGCGGUCUUUGGAAUAGGCAUCUACUUGAUGACAUCCUCCAGGUUCUCUUCCAUGCUACCCAGCCUUGAGGCUAUGAACAUAGCGAACAGUCUUUUCAUCAUUGGGAUCAUUAUCACCUGCGUCUCCUUCCUGGGCUUUCUUGGAUCCCUAAAAGAAAAUCGCUGUCUGCUAAUAUCUUUCUUCAUACUGUUGUUCAUUCUAAUGCUGGCUGAACUGGCCACCGCUUGCGUUCUGCUCAUGUACGAGAAACAGGUCAUAGAAUUCAUUGAUAAGGAUCUUAAGAUUGGUUUACAAAAAUCCAUAGAAAAAAGAAAAAACGGCACAGUCGUUAACGAUGACUGGGACACAGUGCAAACAACAUUUCAGUGCUGUGGAAUCUACAACUCGACGGAUUGGUUGAAAAACAUACCAGAUUCAUGCGACACACCUGGAAUUGGAAAUAGAACACUCAUCUGGCCUCAAGGUUGUUUAAGCAAGCUGAAGGCGGCGUUUGACGAAAACCUCUUGAGUGCGGGGAUUAGCGUUAUUGUUGUCUGCAUCAUUGAGGUCUUGGCUAUGUGUUUCUCCAUGACCCUGUUUUGCCACAUAAGUCGAUCCGGGUUAGGAUACAAAUGAUCAAAAAAAAAAAAACAUUUCCAUAGUAGAUCUUCCACAGUUUGUGUUCUUAAUAAUCACUGUCCUACAAAUGCCCCAAGACACCCGGGAAAAGACAAGAUGACAGAAUGUGAACCAUAACUGGUUCUUCUUUUUUUUUUUCUUUUUUUUUUUUUACUUUCAGCAGUAUUAUUUUUACUUUGACCACAACUUAAAUGGAAAUUCAGAAAUUCAAUAUUUAAACACUGAAUUCCCCCACUUGCAUUUGAAUGUCAACUCAUGAUGAUGAUGUAAGGGAGCUUUUCCAUAAUGAAUCAUCUCACAGACAUACACUGUAUACAAGUUCUGUUUGUCUUUAAAUAUUAAUUAAUGUAGUAUUUUAAUCUCAUAAAAUAUUAAUGUUGAGUUUGACCUAGUAUGUUCUUGUACUAUAAUUAUUUCUAGACUAUAAUUGUUUUUGUGUACUGAACAAUGCAAAUCAUUUAUUUCUGAUCACUUCCUUUUCUGACUUGGCAAUGACUAAACCAUUUGAUUUCCCAGAAUAUACACAGUGGAAACCACAUAUGCUCUCUCAUCAUUUAACAAUUAUACUAGUUGUAAUGCAGAUCUACAGCAUAAUUUUGUUUCUUCACUUUUUUUGUCUUUAGACUAAUGUAAAUUAAAAU